UAAUCCACUGCACGGCAAAGUCUCGGGCGAACUUGAGGUGGGGGGGGGGCGUUGCUCGGAACAGUUGGGAGAGGAUGUCACGGGCCUGUGUGUAUUUUUACUAAAGUUAAAAAUGGCUAGCACCAUGGUAGCAGUUGGCCUGACAGUUGCAGCCGCAGCAUUUGCAGGACGGUAUGUUGUGCACGCUAUGAAGCAUGUAGAACCUGCUUUGAAAAAAACCAUUCAGAAUCUACCAAAAUCGGCUUUCAGUGGUUACUACAGGGGAGGAUUCGAAGCCAAAAUGACAAAGAGAGAGGCAACUCUUAUUCUGGGAGUGAGCCCCACAGCUAACAAGGUUAAAAUCCGGGAGGCACAUAGGAGGAUCAUGGUACUCAAUCACCCAGAUAAAGGUGGAUCUCCUUAUCUUGCAUCCAAAAUCAAUGAAGCUAAAGAUUUACUGGAUUCUCAGAACAAAAAGUGAUCUUGUCUGAAAGUAGUAAACUAUGAUACUUUUUCAAAAACAAUUAUUGCGGUUUAUUAAACCUCAUGUAAUCAUUCAAUAAAUCAGAUUCUCAAAGUUAA